AUGAUACAUAAGAACUCAACUUACCCGAAGUUGUACCGGAAGGUAAACCCAGGAGAUUGUCCGGAACCCUUCGUCAGUGUUCACUUGAAGCAACAGUCCAUAAUUAGUGAUCCUGAAACGGGUACACGAAAGUCUGCAGUUAUUCCAAAGCAUCCUGCCGAAUAUCAGAAAGUGAAAACAGUAAAAGACCUAUUUGAAAAUGGAUUGAGGCAGUCAAGAUUCUAUCCUUGCUUAGGUAGACGGAGUCGUUUUCAAGAUCCAUUCUCUUGGCUACUUUAUCACGAAGUUGAUAUGAAAAUGCAAGCUAUUGGUUCAGCUCUUUUGAAAUUUGUUAGAAAAGAUGUUACAUGUGAUAAUUUUGUUGGGAUUUUUGGGCGUAAUUGUGCAGAGUGGAUUAUAAUGCAGCAAGCCUGUGCAUCAUAUGGUUAUACUGUGGUACCUUUAUAUUCAACACUGGGCAAUGAAGCUAUGCAACAUAUUUUACUUCAAACAAAAAUGAAAUGCUUAAUGUGCUCAUCAGAAUCAUCUAUUGAGUGUUUAAUCAUUGUUUCACGUGAUGACAAAUUUAAUGAGGUCAGGUUUCGUUACAGUUCGAAUGUCAUGAUCUUCUCGUUUGACGACUUUGCAAAAUUGGGAAUGAAUAGCCUUGUACCGAAAAUGGAACCUCUACCAACUGAUCUCUUCAUGAUAAACUACACCAGUGGAACUACUGGUUUACCCAAGGGUGUUAUGGUUCAGCAUGGUCAAUUUGUGGGUUCCAUUAUUACUUUACUUGAAAUGACAGAAUUCAAGAUGAAUUUUACCAAUUCUACUCAUCUCUCUUAUCUACCAUUGGCUCAUAUUAUGGAACAACUGAUUUCGUCUUUUAUUCUUUUGGUUGGUGGUCGAUUGGGAUUUUUAACUGAAGCAUUCGAUGGGUUAAUGGCAGAUGCAAAAACCCUUAGACCGACUAUGUUUGCUGCAGUCCCACGUGUACUUUCUCGUAUGUACACAAAAUAUCAAAAAGUCUUGAGUGAAUCAAAGCUGAAAACAAAACUUUACAAUCGAAUUUUGAAGAUAAAAAUGGCAGAACAAAAAAGAGGGAAAUUUAAUCAUCAAAGUGUGUUGGACGAAUUAUGCUUUAGAAAAAUUAGGAAAAUGUUGGGUGGACGCGUAUGCUUUGUGAUGGUUGGUGCGGCGCCAACACCACCAGAAGUAAUGCAGUUUGCAAGGGCAGUAUUUAAUGUGGUUCUUGAAGGGUAUGGAUCAACUGAAACAAUGGGGUGCAUCAGCGUUUCACUAGUUGGAGAAUAUCAUCUAAGUGUUGCGGGUGCUAUCGCAUGUGAUUUGGAAGUAAAACUUACCAGUGUACCGGGUAUGCAGUCGAUCAUGACGCAAAAUCAAAAGGGGGAGAUAUGCGUCAGGGGUAACCGAUGCACGAAGGGGUAUUAUCAAGACCCAGUAAAAACUGCUGAACUUAUUGACAGCGAUGGAUGGUUACAUACCGGAGAUGUUGGUGAAUGGACUCCGGAAGGUUCUUUGAAGAUUGUUGAUCGUGUGAAAAGCAUAUUCAAAUUGGCUCAAGGUGAAUACAUCGCACCGGAAAAAAUAGAGAUGGUUUAUCAACUGUGUACAGUUGUAAGUCAGAUAUUUGUGGAUGGUAACAGCCAAAACAAUUAUCCUGUUGCAAUUGUGGUUCCAGAUUUUACUGAAUUACGUGCCAAUUUAAUGAGUGCAGGAUUAAUACAAUUUUCAAAACUUUCCAACAGUGAACUAUGUACAAAUGAAACGGUUAAUAAAUUUAUACUGGAUAAAUUGAACGCUGUAGCUGACAAAAAGGAAUUGAAAGGCUUUGAAAAGGUGAAAGUAAUCCAUUUAUCAAAUGAAGAGUUUACUACUACUAAUGGCUUAUUAACUCCAACCAAUAAACUGUCACGUAAUCAAGCUCGGAAACAUUUUUCAAAUGUUAUAAAUAAUUUGUAUAAGGAAUUUCAACCAACUAUUGUCAAUGCUGAAAGAUGA